AAGCCCGCAACUUCAGAUUUACCAAAUAGAGUAUAUAUAGGACCUACAUGUUGGACGGCAGGUAUCAUUCCAGAAGUGUCCGGAGUCCGCAGUGCUAAAAAAUUUUUGGUUUAUUUUUUAUCGAUUUUUCUGGUGAGGUAGUGAAAAGAUUUUGGUGUCAAUGUUAUUGGUAAAAUCGGAUGCAUCUUUGAAAUUCAUUCCGUCCGUAAGGCUGAUCAACAAUCUAAGCCUGCGCAAAGGAAGCCGCACAGGAAACUCGGGCAAUCCGCUGGAAUUUCAAGUACUCACCCAAAUUCAAUACGUACCCUGACAAGCUUACAACUGAGUGCCAGCAACACCCAUUCAGUAAACUGAACACACGCAUACUCCCAACCAUGGUUCAAGAUAAAUCGAAAACCCGUACCAUCGGAGGCAACGGUAUUAACCGUCAGCCCGAAAAAACAUCGGCCAAUUUCAAAGGAAUUCAAAAUAUGAAAAUGCCCUCCCCCAUUGGGUCUACAUUUGGCAAUUCUAAGAAGGACGACCACAUCAACUCGAAUAACUCAAGUGCAGUAUGGGGUCCACACUUCAAAAAUCGAGAUCAUUUCAUCAGCAUGCACUUUUCCUAAAUUUUUCGAAGUCGAAUUAUUAAUUGGCAUUGUAAUAAGAUGUAUUGACCACAUGAAUAUUUAAUCUCAAUAAAAUUGUUUGAUUGGAAA